GAACGCAGCAGCAUCAGGAUCCUGUAACUGCGACUCCACAGAGAUUAGCAACAGACUGUUGCUUUUUCGGCAGGUUUUUUUUUUUGGAGGGGAAACAAAUACAUUUAAGAGUGGUACUUGACAUUAUUAACGUAGUUUCCCCCCCGUUAGUUAUCUACAUACGAGCGCGAGGCUUCGCUUAAACUGUCAGCGGAGGAAAAUGACAUGUCAGCGGCUAAACUUAUUGCUGUAGAACCGAACUCGGCUCCAACGUCCGCGCGCUGAAGGAGACGGAGAGCCAACGGCCAACCGAAGUUUAUUACUGUGUCCUCGACAACAAAGGGGAGGGGGGGCGCUUCUCUGCUCUCUUUGAGCCGUUACUCGACGCCAGCGCGUGCGGUUAAAGGACCCCGAAGAGAUUUCAAAUGCGAGAUGUGUGUUCGCGUUGUAAACGGACAUGGAGCACGGGGGAGGACCGUCUGAGUAGCAGGGAUUGACUUGUGUAUAUUUAUAGUCAGCACCGCAGCUUCAUCAAACCUCCGCCACUAGAUUGGAUCUACUAAAUGUAAAGGAUCGUUUCGCUCAAGCUAUCAUGGACAUCUUUCCCCGGCCAAGCGGUGAAAUCCAGAGGAGGAACCCUCAGCACGACUUUGAGCUCAUCCAGAGGGUGGGAAGCGGCACAUAUGGAGACGUGUACAAGGCUCGAAACAUACAAACUGGGGAGCUCGCUGCUGUGAAGAUCAUAAAGUUGGAACCAGGGGAUGACUUUUCCAUCAUACAGCAGGAAAUCUUCAUGGUGAAGGAAUGCAUGCACCACAAUAUUGUGGCCUACUUUGGGAGCUACCUCUGUCGAGAGAAGCUUUGGAUAUGUAUGGAGUACUGUGGUGGAGGAUCUCUGCAGGACAUUUAUCAUGUGACGGGACCUCUCUCGGAGCUUCAGAUAGCAUAUGUCUCCAGAGAGACUAUUCAGGGUUUGGGAUAUCUGCACACCAAGGGCAAGAUGCACCGUGACAUUAAGGGUGCCAACAUACUUCUUACAGACAACGGAGAUGUGAAGUUGGCUGACUUUGGAGUUGCAGCCAAAAUAACCGCCACCAUUGCCAAAAGGAAGUCCUUCAUUGGAACACCUUAUUGGAUGGCUCCAGAAGUAGCAGCAGUGGAGAAGAACGGUGGCUACAACCAGCUGUGUGAUAUCUGGGCCGUUGGCAUAACGUCCAUAGAGCUGGCCGAGCUGCAGCCUCCAAUGUUUGACCUACACCCGAUGAGGGCCUUGUUUUUGAUGUCAAAGAGCAGCUUCCAGCCUCCGAAGCUAAAAGACAAAAACAAAUGGUCCACCGCCUUCCAUAAUUUUAUCAAAGUGUCUCUGACCAAAAACCCAAAGAAGAGGCCCACUGCAGAAAAACUUCUAUCGCAUGUGUAUGUAGCCCAGGCAGGCUUGACAAGGAGGCUCGCUGUUGAUCUCCUAGAUAAGAUGAACAACCCAGACAACCACCAGCAUUACAGUGAGGUGGACGAUGAUGACCUUGAGCCCCUCUCUGCAGUCAGACACACCAUCCGCUCCACCAACAAACAAGCCAGAGCUGAGAGGACGCGCUCAGAGAUGGACUCAAACAAUGGGAAAGACCGAGGAGGGCCAUGUCCUAGCUUCACUGAGGGCCACAGGGGGGACGCAGUUGACAAGCUCCAGUUUGAACCACCUCUCCGGAAGGAAACUGAAGCUCAUUCUGAAAUGGAUGUGAGUAAAGAUAAUGACUUCCCUUCCCCCUGGAGUCCCUUUGCGGAGGGAGGAAUAACAACCAGGGGACACAUUGCCCACCUUGAAGAUGCCUUUGAAGAAGUGGAGUUGUCAACUCUCAAGCCAGGGGUUCCUCCUCCUCUGCCUCCGAAGCCACGAUUAACCAGCUCGUCAGAGGAGCUCGGCCUUAACGACGAGAGGUCUCUGACGGUCCGGAGGUUCCCGAGCUCUGAGAACGGGCCGAGCCAGGUGGUUCGCAUCCAGAGCACACCCGAGCACCUGGGCAACAAGGUGGAGCACUCGCCUCCAGAUUUCCUCUCCGUCAGCGUCAGCAGCCCCGGCCUUUUGUCUCACGCCUCUGAUCCUGAUAAUGAUUCGGAUGACAGUGUGAAUGGCGGCAGUCCCAAGAUGCCACCCAACCGACAGCACCGGAAGGAGAAAAAGGAUUUCCCUAAACCAGCCAUCAACGGUCUUCCUCCCACUCCUAAAGUACUGAUGGGAGCCUGUUUCUCCAAAGUGUUUGAUGGCUGUCCACUGAAAAUCAACUGUGCCACAUCAUGGAUUCAUCCAGACACCAAAGAUCAGUACCUAAUCUUUGGGACGGAGGAUGGCAUCUAUACGCUGAACCUUAAUGAGCUGCAUGAAGCCACGAUGGAGCAGCUGUUCCCGAGGAAGUGUACAUGGCUGUACGUUAUCAACAACAACCUGAUGUCUCUAUCUGAAGGGAAAACCUUCCAGCUGUACUCUCACAAUCUCAUCGGGCUGUUUGAGCAGCUGAAGAAGCCCGGCCUGGCGGCUCAGUUCCAGACGCAUCGCUUCCCAGACAAAAUGUUACCCAGGAGGUUUGCCUUGACAACUAAGAUCCCCGACACUAAGGGAUGUCACAAGUGCUGCAUUGUGAGAAAUCCAUAUACAGGUCACAAGUACUUGUGUGGAGCGCUGCAGUCUGGGAUUGUCUUGUUGCAGUGGUAUGAGCCCAUGCAGAGGUUUAUGCUUAUCAAGCACUUUGACUUCCCUCUUCCCAGCCCACUGAAAGUGUUUGAGAUGCUGGUGGUCCCGGAGCAGGAGUAUCCUCUGGUGUGUGUGGCCAUCAGCCAAGGCAGCGAGCCGGGCCAGGUGGUCCGCUUUGAGACCAUCAACCUUAACUCCUGCUCCUCCUGGUUCACAGAGAUUGGAACAACUCAUCAGCAGGUGGAUGCAAUCCACGUCACUCAGCUGGAGAGAGACACAGUAUUGGUGUGUCUAGACCAAAAUUUGAAGAUUGUUAAUCUCCAGGGCAGACUGAAGUCCAACAAGAAGCUGGCAUCGGAGCUCAGCUUUGAUUUCUGUAUUGGAUCAGUCGUGUGCCUUCAGGACAGCGUCCUGGCCUUCUGGAAACAUGGCAUGCAAGGAAAGAGCUUCAAGUCCAAUGAGGUGACCCAGGAGAUUUGUGAUCCAAGCCGAGUCUUCCGCCUCCUCGGAUCUGACAGGGUGGUGGUUUUGCAGAGCCGACCCACAGACAACCCCACGGCCCUCAGCAACCUCUACAUCUUAGCGGGCCAUGAGAACAGUUACUGAGCCUCGACCCAGAGGAAAGUGGAUAAGACGCCUCAGUUUUGUUUGGGAGAAAAACUCCAGACCUUCACGUCGGGUUCUGUGUCGAGGGGAACUGGUUUAAAACGGUUAUUGGGAGCUUUUGUUACUGGUCACGGGAUCGACAGGUCAGUAAAGAGAGAGGAGCCUCUUCAGGCUGGAUUCAUGAGUAGCCUUACACCAUGAGCACAAAGUGGAGAGCCAAUGACCGCUGUUAUGGAGAUUAUGGACUGAGUUACAAACACGUUUUCUAACGGUAUUAUUGACAAAAGUGCCAUUUUAAAAUUCACAAGAAUUUGUGAUUGUAUUAGCAAACACAGUGGGAGAUUUAUUGUGUUAUUGUCUGUAACGUGUCACUCAUAAUAACUGCCGGUGGAAACCGUUAGUCGGCUUGAGAGGAGAAUUUACAAGCUCUAGUCAAACUAAUAGCUCCGUUUAAACCGAAACCCAAGAGCAUUGUGGGUUAUUUAAGCAAUAUUUAUUAACCUCAUGCUAAGUGAUAUGUUUGAUUAACAGACUGCAGUCCUGUUGCGUGAGGUUUAACUACCUAGUGAACCGUUCUUGAGAAGCUUUGGGUUAUUUUUUACUGCUAUGUAAUAUAGUCGCAUCUCUCCUGCUCUCUGCUGCAUUUUUAGAAGUUGGAUAUAAUGUACAUUUUUUUCCUUUUACUUUACUCUUUUUAUAGACCUUUUACUUCUCAUUAUUUGCACCAUGUAAGCACUUUUGUACAUUUUUUUAUUUAAAAUAAAAUGACAAAAUGAGGGACAAUGCUAGGUUUUGCUAACAUCUUUGCAUUCCCUUCGCAAAAUGUUUAAUGUAUGCUGUUUUUUUUUUUUUUUUGUAAUAAAAAAAAAAGAAGCUGUUAACAAGAUAUCAUG